AUGGACGCCCAGGUCGAAAAUGCUAUUCAGAUAGCCUGGAGCCCCUCCGCCGACUAUGAGCUCAAGAACCAGGCCAUCAAUUUCCUCAACCAGCUGCGCGCUGAGCCCGUCGCUGCCUGGAGCGUCUGCCUCGCCCUGUUCACUCGCUCGCCGCGCGCCGAAGAGGUCGUCCGCCAUGUUGCGCUCGAGGUCGUCAACAGCGCCGUCCAGACGCAGCAGCUGGAUGCGCAGAGCCUCGCCUUCAUGAAGGACAACCUCAUGGCCUACAUCCGCGAGACGUAUACCCAAGGCGGCACCGUUGACGAGGCGCACAUACAGAACAAGCUCACCCAGACCAUAACGUACCUUUUCACUUCGUUGUACUCGGCGGGUUGGGAAUCCUUCUUCGACGACUUUAGGGCGCUGGCUGGUGACGCGACGGCGAUUGGAAACAUCAACCCCGCGGCCACCAUGCUUUACCUCCGCAUCCUGGGCUCAGUCCACGACGAAAUCGCCGACGUGCUCAUGUCCAGGACGCAGGAAGAGUCGAAGCGCAACGUCGAACUGAAGGACCUCGUAAGAGUAAGGGACGCGGAGAAGAUUUCGAUAUCCUGGAGGGAGAUUUUGGCAAAGUGGAGGCAGACGGAUUUAGGUCUCAUUGAAAUGUGCCUGAAGACGGUCGCGAGAUGGGUUAGCUGGAUCGACAUCUCCCUGGUCGUCAACCAGGACAUGCUCAACAAUCUCUUCGAGAUCGCUGGCCAGCAAGGCUCCUCCGAGACCCCGGAGGGCAAGGUCCGGGAUGCUGCUAUCGAUACUUUCACCGAGACCGUAGGCAAGAAGAUGAAGGCACCAGACAAGAUCCAGCUCAUUGUUUUCCUGAAUCUUGGAAAUGUUGUAGGCCAGCUAAUCGCGAGCCCCAACCUCGCCGACCAGUCCGUCUCUACUUAUGACAAUGACCUUGCCGAGGCCGUUGCCAAGCUGGUCAACACUACUAUUUUCGAUAUUGUCAAGGUCCUGGACACUGAAGCCGAUGAAGCUGUCAGGCAGCAAACCAAUGAGCUGUUGCAGGCCUUUGUGCCAUAUCUUCUCCGCUUCUUCUCAGAUGAAUACGACGAGAUUUGCUCUACUGUCAUUCCCUCCCUUACAGAUCUCCUUACUCUCUUCAGGAAGGUCGUUAAGAGCCAAGGCGCUCUGCCGCAAGAGUACGCGGCGAUGCUGUCGCCCAUCCUUGAGUCCAUCAUUGCUAAGAUGAAGUACGACUCCACGGCGAGCUGGGGUGACGAGGACGACGAGACGGAUGAGGCAGAGUUCCAGGAGCUGCGCAAGCGGUUGCACGUCCUGCAGCAGCAGGUCGCAGCAAUCGAUGAGAUGCUGUAUAUUGACACUCUGUCCAACAAGAUUGCUGGCAUCUUGAGCAACUUUGAUCAGCCAAACUCGGGUAUGACAUGGCGCGACGUUGAGCUUGCCCUGCACGAGAUGUAUUUGUUCGGCGAGUUGGCAGUCAGAAAUGGCGGCAUGUAUGCGAAGCGAGAGCCUUCUUCCGUGGCAUCAGCGAGGUUGAUUGAAAUGAUGACGAAGAUGGUGGAGUCGAAUGUUGCUGCCACCGACGAUUUCCCCGUCAUCCCACUCCAGUAUAUGGAGAUUUGCGUUCGUUACUCGGCUUUCUUCGAACAGAACUCCUCCCUCAUCCCAAGGGUCCUCGAGAACUUUGUGCGCCUUAUCCACACCAGUCAUCCCAAGCUCCGCCUCCGCUCUUGGUACCUCUUCUUCCGCUUCGUCAAGACCCUUCGCUCGCAGAUCGGCACCGUUUCACAGACAGUCAUCCAGGCCAUUGGUGAUCUUCUGGCUAUUAAGGCCGAGCUGCCAGAUGACAAUGAUGAUGAUGAUAUGUCUUCAGAGGAUAAUGCAACCUCUCCGGACGCCGUUUUCAACUCCCAGCUUUACCUUUUUGAGGCUGUUGGCUGCAUCUCCUCGCCCCCCACAGUACCCGUAGAGAGCAAGAUCAUGUAUGCACGUGAAGUCAUGAAUCCUCUUUUCGGACAACUGGAGCAGAACCUUGGACCGGCUAAGAGCGGCGACGAGCGCGCCAUCCUCGAGGUUCACCAUCUCAUCAUGGCCAUUGGUACUCUCGCUCGCGGUUUUUCGGAUUGGAUGCCUGGUGCCUCCGGCGCACCUCCAGCCAACGAAGUUUCCGAGGAGUUCGUACGUGCGGCAGAGGUCAUCUUGGUCGCCCUUGAAUCACUUAAGUCUUCUAUGACUGUUCGUACAUCCGCGCGCUUCGCCUUCUCUCGCCUCAUUGGCGUUCUUGGUUCCCGUGUGCUGCAGCAAUUGCCAAGGUGGAUCGAAGGUCUGUUGAGCGAGAGCUCAACGAAGGACGAGAUGGCCACCUUCCUGCGUCUCCUGGACCAGGUUGUCUUUGGCUUCAAGGCAGAGAUUUUUGCCAUGCUGGACACGCUGCUCACGCCGCUGUUGCAGCGCGUUUUCGCGGGUCUGGCCGAACCCACGUCGGGUACGGAUGAUGAGAUUCAGCUGGCGGAGCUGAGGAGAGAAUACCUUAACUUCCUGCUCGUGAUUCUGAACCAGGAUCUGGCUGGGGUUUUCAUCAGCAACACCAACCAGUCGACUUUCGAUACCAUCAUCACGACCAUCGAACACUUUGCCCGUGACCCGACUGAUUAUCCGACCGCGCGCCUUUCCCUCUUAGUCCUCAUCCGUAUGAUUGCCGUCUGGGGUGGCCCUGAUAUCUCUCUCAGCAACCCCACGCCGCCUGCGCCGGUUCUUCCCGGUUUUGAUUCCUUCGCGAUGACCCGCAUUCACCCGCUGUCCUGGUCCGUACCCGGAACCCCUGGGUUCAACGCCAAGGAUCCACAGGCGCGCCACGUUCUUAUGGAGCUCGCCGCCAUGCAACUAGAAAUCCUGAAGAAGACCGGACCUGAAUAUCUCGAACGGUUGAGGAGCGAGUUGGUUGGCAUGGGUGUCGACGCUGGCUCUGCAGAUGACUAUGCCCGCAGCCUUACCGAGGGGCAGAAGAACGAGAAGGGCUUCAAGAACUAUUUCCUGCAGUUCCUGGGACGCGCGAUGGGGGGAAGCUGA